AAUACGCGCACUUCAACGCUAACUUUCUCAGAGCACAUAGUCGUACUGGUUACUGCCAAACACGGCUUGAGCUGAGAAGACAUCACGCCGCGGUCACCUCUGAACAAACAUAUUUUCCCCCAACUUUAAUACAGAGAUUAGACGAUUUUGGAGGUUUUACGCACAGCGCCAGGGCUUCUGGUGACUUGUGUUUAGUCUGACAGUAGAGUUGUGUGAAAAUCUCGAUCACUUGGGCUUUUUUGUGGCGGACUUGUUGUCAACAUAAUGUGGGGCAUCCAAAGGACGCGGUAUGCAGACUGCAACGGCUCUGAAGCCAGCGAAGAGAUCGAGGUUGUUGUUAACAUCGGCGGGGUGAAACAGGUGUUGUUUGGGGACGUGUUGAAUCGCUACCCGGACACCCGGCUAGCAGAACUGGUGGACUGUUCACUUAAGUCUUCUGAAGAAAUAUCUUUACUAUGUGACGACUACGAUCCUGACACGGGAGAAUUUUAUUUUGACAGAGAUCCUGAGGCAUUUAAGUGUAUAAUUGAACUGUAUUGUUAUGGAGAGAUUCACAUGAAACGAGGCAUCUGUCCAAUUUGUUUUAUGAAGGAGAUGGAGUUCUGGAAGAUCGACUCUGAUUUUCUGGACGAGUGUUGUAAAUGCCACCUGCAGGAGGUAGAAGAUGAACUUGCAGAGAUCGCAGAGAAAGUGAAAACUAUCCUGGUGGACCGAGAUGGAGAUCCGUCUGCUGCAGGAUGGCAACGCUUCCAGAUGUGCCUCUGGAGGCUGAUGGAGAAGCCGGAGUCCUCACUGCCUGCGCACAUAAUCGCUAUAGUUUCUUUCAUCUUCAUCCUGGUCUCCUCCGUGGUGAUGUGUGUGGGGACCCUCCCCGACCUGCAGGUGGAGGACUCGGAGGGUAACCUCACAGAGAACCCAACUCUGGAGAUCAUCGAGACGGUGUGCAUCGGCUGGUUCACUAUUGAAUACACCCUGCGUCUAAUCUCCUCCCCAAAUAAAACAAAAUUUGUCCUGGCUUUCAUGAACAUUAUCGACUUCAUGGCGAUCAUGCCCUUUUUCGUGGUGCUGAUUCUGACCUCUUUCGGCACAGGAGUGAUGGAGCUGGCUAAUGUGCAGCAGGCGGUGCAGGCUUUACGCAUAAUGCGCAUUGCACGCAUUUUCAAGCUGGCACGACAUUCCUCUGGACUCCAGACCCUCACAUCUGCCCUGAAGAGCAGCUUCAAAGAGCUCGGGCUGCUCCUCAUGUAUAUGGGCGUGGGGGUCUUCCUUUUCUCCGCAUUGGGCUACACCAUGGAGCAGAACCACCCGGAAACCUUGUUCACCAGCAUCCCACAGUCGUUCUGGUGGGCUGUGAUCACCAUGACCACAGUGGGCUAUGGAGACGUAUACCCCAAAACCACGUUAGGUCGGUGUAACGCUGCCAUCAGCUUUUUGUGCGGGGUGAUCGCCAUAGCGCUGCCUAUACACCCCAUCAUCAACAAUUUUGUCUUGUUCUACAACAAGCAACAGGUGCUGGAGACCGCUGCCAAGCAUGAGAUUGAACUGAUGGCGCUGCGCUCCGGCGAUGGCGAGCAGGAGGCUUCACCCGGCGCCCAUAAUCAUGUUUGCGGUGCAAAGGUCUGGGACACCGCCAUGCACUCCUGUCACAGUGACACAUACAUACCCUUGCUGAAGGAUCCCAGGGGAGGGGCAGGGAUCCAGACCCCCAGCAUGGACACAAGCUUUGAAAGCACAGCCGAGACCACUGAAUAUUUCAUCUCAUAAACCCCCCCAAAAACUCUGCUUCACCUGAGAAGACUGCAACAAAAUGAUAAACAACACAUCCAAUUAAUUACUAAUUUUUGACUCAUUUAAACAUAACCCGAACGAUUUAGGGUUAACGAUACCACGAUGACUGGAGGCAUAAUUGUAAAUAGCCUCGUAGAAAUAUUAGGACCGCAGUAACGCUCUCCAAGGACCGUUAAUGCAUUUGAGGAAUCGCGCCUUUUAAAGUGACAUAUGUGUGAGAUAUUGACUUGAUGAGCUGUGCCUUUGCGCAGUGACUCCCUAUAGGGCUGAGGGCUUCUCUUUGAACAGCCAGUACACCGAUUCCCCCAUGUAGGCUUCUUAUAUAACCCCGCUAUCCCCAAUCCUCACACUCAUACUGUAGACUGCUCUGUAGCUUAUUCCUCUGUACAGAUGAAGGCCUAUUUAUCACAAUUAAUUUUUUUUUUUUUUAUAAUACAGAUUGGCAGCUCCUCCAGCCAAAAAAGAGAAAUCAUUCCAUGGUUGGUUUAUGAAAGAUGUACAGGCAUGACAACAAAACGGAGGUAAACCUGUUGGUAUUUAAUAGUGAUAGAAAGUUAUCAUGCCAUACAUUUCAACGAGGUCAAUAUAAAGACACACAGUACACCAGAGAAGCAGUUUAAUGUCUGUUUCUGCUGGUGAGCUUCAGUAAUUUCUGUAACUGACACUAUGAUUGUGAGGUAAUUAAUCAGAUAUACAGUAAAACUACUGUGCAGGAAUGGUAAAAGCAGUGACUGUGUCAAUAGGCCGCAGGUCCAGAUAGGAUCAUGUAAUCAACACCAGGACCUCAGAAGUUUCCUUGGCUGCAGGACUUGCUCCUACUGUAUAAUGGGUUUGAAUCUAGCAGCAGAUGUCACCACUCUGCUCUUCCCUGGAGGUCGUAUGGAAUAAGUUGAUCACCGAAUUAUGGGCGAGGGGAAGGAGCAACAGGCUGGAGGUUAAACAAAAAUAAUCCCAACGGCUGAAUUAUUAAACUUUGAAAUUGGGCUCUUUUUUUUAGAGUGCAAGCUAACCUGAAAAUCUGAGUGGAUAAGAAGGAUUUCUGAUGAGAAUAUAAAUAAAUCAUAUGAAUAUG